ACGUCGUUGAACUCUCAGCCUUUUGAGUUUUACAUCUACGUCCCCUCACGAUCAACAAGUCUCUGGCGCCUUGGAAAGAGCUACAGUACUUACUAUACAUGAAUUCUACUCAUCCCUAAAUCUCUACGAGCAUAUCUAGCUAGAUCAUGUCAUCUUCAUCGGUGAGAGUGAAGAGGAGGCGCACUGGAGAAUCCGACACGGAGGGCACCAUCACGGAACCAGAAAGGACCAAUAAAGCAGAAAUCAAACGACCAGUAUCUGAAAGUGUAGAUGGAAGCGGGAAUCCGGAGCCGAUAAGUGUAUCAGAAAAGAGAUAUCGAGAUUGGCGCAAGAAAGGAUCUCCUCGUCAAAGCCUGUGCUUUGUGUGUAAUGAAGGAGGGGACCUAAGGGACUGUUACACUUGUCCUAGGUCGUAUCACAAGCACUGUUUGGACCAGCCUGUGGAACAAUUCAUACAUAAUGACAAUUUCUUUUGUCGUAUCUGCCAAAAGCGACAAUGGCACCAGCAUCUACCGCCACUCAGCCCACCACCAUCUCCGCCCCCAGAGAAGCAAAGGGUGGCUCUACCCAGUCACAGGCCGAAUGUGCAGGCUAAUAAUGAACCCCGCCUACCUUCAACAUCACCGGCUCCGGCGUCAAACUCACCAGCUCUCGCUCCCACUCCCACCCAUACCCCAGCUUCUGCUCCUACUCCCGCAUCAGCAAACCAGCAUUCUCAGGCUACGGCACCGACGUCUUUUACUUGGCUAUCGCAAAAUCAGUUCACCACUCCACUCACUCGCUCAGGAACGACUUCAAGUCCACGAGCCUCAACACCUCUUUCGGGUGUAAUCAACAUUUCAGGCGCAGGCCGAGGGAUGGUAGCCGGCCCACGAGGCCCCCGGUCACGCUUUUCUACCCUACCAGCCGAGGUGGACGAUGCAGUCUCCUUAUUGCUUAGGGAGCUAGAGUAUCUUGGUGAUGCCAGACAAAAAAUCACACAGCUCGAAGACGUGAUUGUGAGAUUACAGCAGGACGUCAAGAUCAAUGAGAACGCUCUCAUCUUGGCACAGCGCAAUGCGGCUUCAUCAAAUUCGCGCAAUUCAGAGGGCCUGCGAGCUGAGAAUGAAAAACUGAAGAAAGAAGCCGAAGAUAUGCGUCGAUUACUGGCUGAUGAAAAAUCUCGAUCUCGCUUCCACCAGGAAGAUGCGGAGUACUGGAAAUCACAAGCUCAGAGUAAGCAGACAGAAUUAGAGGAGCUAAGGGGGAAGUUGAAAAACUUACUGGGCGGAUAAACUCCACGAGCUGUCUUACGGAGAAAGAUAAUUUACUAUUUUCCAUGUAUAUAUGGGGUAACCGGGACACGUUUUGGCAUGGCGUAAGUGGGUCAAGGAUACCAAGAAGAAUUAGCUUCGUUAUGUGCAUCAUAAUAUUAUUAGUUAUAUGUAUU